GAGGAGUCCGGAGCGCAGCGCAGCGCAGCGGACGCUUCGUCUUCUCUCCUCCCCCUUUAGACCCCGCCGCUCCGCUCCAUCUCUCCGUCUCUCUUUUCCUCUCUCUCUCUCUCGCUCUCUCUCUCUCUCUGUCUCUCUCUCUCCCUUUCUUAAAUUGACAUUGGUCUGGCUCGAAACAUGAUAACAGAAAAGACUUCCUCCGCUCCGCGUUGUCGGACUGUCCUCAACCCCGAUCACUUGAAACUCAAAUAAGCAGGCGUGAAGAGGAAAAAGGGAUCGCACAGUAUCCUAUCAGCAGCUGCUCAGAGGGAAUAACAAGAUACCUUUAUACCACACACACGCACACACACACGCACACACACACACACACACACACACACAUACACACAGACACACAGACACACACACACACACACACACACACACACACACACACACACACACACACACACACACACUCGGAUGUGCUCUUGCGCAUCGUAGAUCUUAGAAAGUGCUCGUGUUGAACUAUAGUGAAAGUAACAUGUAUAUGCACGCUUUGAUACGCGCAAGCCUUGGAUUUGUAGGUUUCUGCUUGGUCGCCUUUGUCCAACAGUCAGCUUCAGGAAGUAAGACCACUCAAGAUGUGGACGAGUGUGCAGAGGCGCUUGACAACUGCAGCAUCGAUGCCAUCUGCCAGAACACCCUGAAGUCAUACAAAUGUAUCUGCAAGUCAGGCUAUAAAGGGGAUGGCAAACAUUGUGAAGAUGUUGACGAGUGUGCAACUGAAUACAACGGUGGCUGCGUCCAUGAGUGCAUCAACAUCCCAGGAAAUUACAGGUGCACAUGCUAUGAUGGCUUCCGCUUGGCACAUGAUGGGCACAAUUGUCUAGAUGUGGAUGAGUGCUCAGAAGGCAACGGCGGAUGUCAGCAGAUUUGUGUCAACAUGAUGGGCAGCUAUGAGUGCCGCUGCAGAGAAGGAUUCCUCCUGAGUGACAACCAGCAUACCUGUAUCCAAAGACCUAAAGUGCAAUCGGAAGGCUCAAAGGAAGGACCCACCUGCAUGGACAAGAAUCACGGCUGUGCACACAUCUGUAGGGAAGCACAGAAGGGUGGCAUCUCCUGUGAGUGUCGACCUGGAUUCCAGCUCAUGGAUAACAAGGACUGCAAACUGACGUGUAACUACGGUAAUGGGGGUUGCCAGCACAUCUGCGAGGAGACAGACCACGGCCCCAAGUGUUCGUGCCACAUGAAGUUCGUCCUGCACAGCGAUGGAAAGACUUGUGUAGGGGAGAGGAGUGUCCAGUCCCAGGCAGCCCCACAGCUGUUCCCCAAUGAGACCUGUGCAGUGAACAAUGGCGGCUGUGAUAGCACAUGUCAUGAUUCAGUGACAGGAGUCCGCUGCAGCUGUCCUGUUGGCUUCACUCUGCAGCCAGACCGCAAGACCUGCAAAGACAUUGAUGAGUGCCGUCUUAACAAUGGGGGGUGUGACCAUGUGUGUCGAAACACAGUGGGAAGCUUUGAGUGCAGCUGCAAGAAAGGCUACAAGCUGCUGACCAAUGAGAGAACUUGUCAAGAUAUUGAUGAGUGCUCUUUUGACCGCGCCUGUGACCACUUCUGUAUCAACUCUGCCGGGAGUUUCCAGUGCCUCUGUCAUAAAGGCUACAUCCUCUACGGCCUGGCACACUGUGGAGAUAUUGAUGAAUGCAGUAUAAACCGCGGAGGUUGUAAAUACGGCUGCAUCAACCGUCCAGGGAGCUACGAGUGUACCUGUCCACCCGGGUACAAGCUCCACUGGAACAGGAAAGACUGUGUUGAGCUGGUGAAAUGUCCUCUUGGACUGAUGGCACCAAAGGCUACUCUGGCCUGUAGCAAGACGGGCAAAAAAGAGAGCUGCUCUCUUACCUGUGCCUCUAAGGCUCACUAUCUGGCAGAGUCUGACAACAGCUACUCAGUCAGUUGUGGUAUCCCCGUCCUCAGAGGGAAGUCCCCUGCGAGGCUCAACUCCAGCAGCAGUCAGAGCUGCAUAGAGACUUUGGCCCCUCCAGUGAAGCAGACGGCUUCUUUCAAGAUUAAAAACGCCAAAUGUCACCUGCAUCCGAGGCUGACCGGCAGGACGGAGGACAGAGGACGGACACUUGGACCAGGAGGGGGGCAGCCCUGCAGCAACUGCUUGGUGACAUUUGUCAACCUCAAAUGCGACUCCUCUAAGAAAGCUAAAGGUCGACGUGCUCGCAACCCCUCUAACAAGGAGGUAACACGCAUUACUUUGGAGCUGGAAGCUGAGGUCAAACCUGGAGACACUACGGGGAGUUGCAAUCUCAGCUGCCUGAGGCAGCGUAUGGAGAAACAGGUUAAGACGUAUAUCAAGGCUCUGAAGAAGUCCAUCAACCAGGAGCGCUUCCUGAUCCGAGUUGCUGGUUUGGAAUACGAGGUGGCCCAGAAACUUCCCCAGGCUGCUCCGAGUCAGGAGAACUGCGGGCCGGGCUGGGAGAGGGAUAGUGGCCGAUGUGUCAGAUGCUUGUCGGGGUCUUACUACCAUGGUGAGCAGGAGCGCUGCGUCCAGUGUCCACCCGGCACUUUUCAGGAAAAGGAGGGGCAGCUUGCCUGUGACCUCUGCCCCGGCAGUGACGGCCACGGGCCUGUCGGGGCACGGAACAUCUCCUCUUGUGCAGGCCAGUGUCCAACGGGGUCCUUCUCCAGUGAUGGUUUCAAACCGUGUCAGGCGUGCCCUCAUGGCUCCUACCAACCAGAUUUGGGACGGACCCUGUGCUUCCCCUGUGGGGGAGGACUGGGCACCAAACGGGAAGGUGCCAGCUCCUUCCAUGAUUGUGAAGUUAAAGUCCAGUGUUCUCCAGGUCAUUACUACAACACCACAGUACACCGGUGUAUCCGCUGCCCAGUGGGGACGUAUCAGACAGAGUUCAGACAGAACUACUGCAUUUCCUGCCCUGGGAACACCACCACUGAUUUUGAUGGUGCCACAAGUGUUUCGCAGUGCAAGAACAGGCAAUGUGGUGGCGAGAUGGGCGAAUUCAUGGGUUACAUUGAGUCGCCCAACUAUCCCGGUAAUUACCCUGCUAAUGUGGAGUGUAUUUGGAACAUCAACCCGCCCAGCAAGCGCAAGAUCCUAAUUGUGGUGCCGGAGAUUUUCCUGCCCUCGGAGGACGAGUGUGGAGAUGUGCUGGUUAUGAGGAAGAACUGGUCAGCUACAUCCAUCACCACCUACGAGACAUGUCAGACGUACGAGCGGCCCAUUGCCUUCACAGCUCGCUCCAGACGUCUCUGGAUUAACUUCAAGUCCAACGAGGCCAACAGCGCCAGAGGCUUUCAGAUCCCCUAUGUUACUUAUGAUGAGGACUAUGAACAGCUCGUAGAGGACAUAGUGCGAGAUGGAAGACUCUAUGCCUCAGAAAACCAUCAAGAAAUCCUCAAGGAUAAAAAACUGAUUAAGACUCUUUUUGACGUGCUGGCUCACCCAAACAACUACUUUAAGUACACCACUCGGGAGUCCAACGAGAUGCUUCCCCGCUCCUUCAUACGCCUCAUAAGCAGCAAAGUCUCAGCUUUUCUGCGACCAUACAAGUAAAGCUCACACAGCCGCCGAAGUACCAGAUCGUGAUCUCCGACAUCCCCCCCCUUCACCUUACAGGCCACAUCCCGCAACUCUCACAGGACUUAAAACAUACUAGUGUGUUUACCUUCUUAUUUUCCAUAGGCUUUAAUAAACACAAUGCAGACCUGAGGAAUACUGAAAGUUUGUGUUUUAGUUUUUUUUGUCAGUUUCCAUUUAGCACAGGCUUGUAAUCCCGAGCUCAAGCAUUUAGCAGGGAUGUAGAAUAUGUGAGUGGGUUUGGUUUCCGUUGUGUAAUGAAACCACCAAAAAUAGAAACGCAAAUUUCAGACAGUAGGAGUGGCAUGUGUGCGCGGUUAGAGCUUGUUAUUGUUUUUGCUUAAAUGAGCAGUCAGUUUUCAACUCCUACAAUUAAGUAUGACUAAGUGUUGUGUAACCCUAGUUCCAUCUUCAGUGUCUGUGCUGUCCUCAAGGAGAAGCGGUUAAAAUUCAUAUCACAGCUGCAUUUCAGGUCAUUCAAAGCUUUACUUCAUUUGAGCUCUUAGAGCAGUUUCCAAUGGUUUUACUGUUAAAACAGUUAAUCUGUUUUGUUACGCCUCUCUAAACUGUAGCAGUGUUUUCCAACCUUCAGAAUUUCUGUAACAUUGAUUUCCAACCUUCAGAUCAUUUUUUUUUUAAAGUCAACUUAAAGCAAAUACAAACAGGUCGUUACCAUUCCAGGAACAUAGUGGACAUUUGGGAGAUUAAUAAUUUGAGAGAGCCACAGAAAUAAGAAUGUGAUGUCUAGUGGAACAUGUCUCCGAGAGAGAGGAAUGUCUUUGAAGGACAUUGUUUGCUGCUUCUUUUAAAAGGUCACUUUAAUUCUUCAAUCUUCAUGUUGUCUUGCUGAUGUACUCCACACACCAAUAGUCUCUAGGUUAAAAACAAGGAAGCUCCACAGCUACAAUAGUUUAGAUCUUACAUACAGGCAAUGUGACAUUAUCAACUUACUGUAUGUGGACUACCAGUUGUGUUUUUAUUUCAAUCUUGUAAAUAAUGAAAAUUAGACGAGGGUUGAAUUCUUUAAUCCUAAAUUUCUCAAGCAGGCUCCCUAAAAAUCACUUUCCGCCCCACCCGUCUCAAAUCCAAAGACACCAAGUACCCCCUUUCAACACCCCUCACAUUUUGUUCUGUCCCAAUAAUGACCGCACUUCCAAAGACUGCCAUAAAAAAGGCCGGGUCACUGUUUUGUGCAGCCUAUCCUUUUAGUACAAGUGCAAUGAAUGGAAAAAAA